AUGGAGCGGGAUCAACGAAGAGACGACCGCCGACGGCGAGAUGACCCGCGAGACCACAAACAACGAUACGAACGAGAGCGCUCCCGCUCUCCACCAGCACGAGAACGCCGCGACGACCGCCGAAGAGAUCGCUCUCCUCCCCGCAACCCAGCCAGACCACCGCCUCCUGGCCCUCGCACAGAUCGCGACCGCGACCCCCGCCGAGGCCGCGACUCCGCAACCCCACCCCUACCCUCUCGCAAAGCAGGCGGCGACAACAGAUCCCGCCAAGCACCAUCAGCCCCUCACACAAACACCAACACAAAAAGCACCGCUCGCCAACAGCAAGAUACACACAUGCACAACGGCGUCGGCGGUGGGGAGGCGGACGAGGACAGCGAGAAGGAGAUGCAGCGCAUUAUGGGGUUCAAGGAUUUUCGCACGACGAAGGAUACGAAGGUCCCCGGGAACGAGAAGAAUUAUGGCGUGCAUAAGGUGAAGAAGACGGAGUAUAGGCAGUAUAUGAAUCGGACGGGGGGGUUCAAUCGGCCUUUGUCGCCGACGAGGAUGUGA